AUGAAGCCCUCCAUGCUCCAAGUUACAUCCACCAGAGAAAAGUUCGCCAAGCCUCAUGCCCUCCUCGUGUUCAAGUUGUGGGGCCACAGAGGCCUCGAGCUUAUUUUGGGAGGAGACACGAGUGCGGUUCAAUCGGGGGUUGGUCGAAAUUGGUGGUCAGCUCGCAGCAUGGCACCGGAGUUAGACAUCUCCGUCGGCGAAGUCAAGAUUUUGACAGACCAAGAUCGUUGUCAGCAACUUUCAAAAUGGGCGUCUGUCCCCUCAAGACGACAAGCGUGUCCUUGGGAACGAGGGAGGGAGUAUUUCGAGCGAGCGCAGCAGGGCGCUACAUCAAAAGGGAAUCUCCUGUGGAGCAAGAAUGAGCAAAAAUCUAUCCGUACUCCACCAAAAGCAUACCCUAAAGCUUCCUCGCAAACUUCGAGUUCUGAGAAGCACGCCAUUUCGUGA